AUGACCAGCCACCUCACCGCGGAUUGUCCGCUGUUGCUCGUCGCCUGUCACCCGUCGGCCAACUCGGAGGACCAAGACAUGCAUCCUAACACCCACCAGCGCCCCAAGCAUCACCAGAUCCGGACCACAUUGGCACAUAGAGCCUCAGCCGACAGUUGCAUACCGGCCAGUGGUGACCAGGCCUGCUUGUCUCUGUCGGAAAGGACAGCUCAGAGGUUCCGAUGCUUCCAACAGUGGCACGCCCCUCUUUCCGAGGUCAUAGGGAUACUGGUAACCUACUAUUGCGAACAUCAACUGGCUGCGGACCCGGGCCCUCAGAAGAGUCAACACCGACUCUUUCAUCACUGUCUGUGGAGUCCGUGGCAGCUGUUAGGCUUUCUCGUUGGCAAACUGGCUUGUCGCACCGGUGACCUGUCCCCAUACGCUGGUUCCGUUUCAUCACCAGGCGGCUCUCGUGGCGGUGGCGUUGGCUACCGCGCUCUUGGCACGGUGCUCCAGGCGACCGAGCCACCGACUGUCGGUCCUGUCGGUCCUCAUCACUGUUGUCAAACUCUCUUGGCGGUGGUGAUGGCGCCCACCUUCCUUCCCCAUCCCCAGCCCACUGUCAGCGCCUACAAUUACGAGGUGCAGUCAGUGCGCCGCCCAAUUACUACUCUCAGCGACAACCGGGCGCGCGGCAUCCUCCCCAAAAGGUCUUCCACCCGACAAGUUGGCACGCCCCCGCAGAAAACUGCUAGACAUGAAAGGGAAAAGGGACAAUACGGCCUUUGUCAAACAUGCUACCAUCAUUCUGCAGCCUUUUGUCACCGUCGUGUCGUGCCCGUAACAUCCGGCCAAGUCGGCCUGCGGCAAACAAGAUCCGUGCCUCCUUCGGGUUUCUGUGAUGUGUGUCCUUGGGAUCUUCGCACGCCGCCAUAUCGCCGAUUAUGCCAGCCCCAGCUGAGCACAGUCACGACUCACCGACCGCUUGAGACGCCUGACUGUGGUGUGGCGUACCACCCCGGGUCCUCCGCGGCCAACUAG